ACCACCUGGGUUCGGACGGAACGCGCGUGAUGGAGUGCUGUGAAGUUGAAGCGCAACUGCUGCCUGCUGCCGCUCUGGCUGCUUCGAGCACUCCGGCAUGUUCGAAGUUCGGGGGGACGACAACACAUGCAUUCAUGAGAGUUCAGGCUUCAGAGCGGCAAGAUUGCAAGCGAAAGCGAAACGUCCGUCAGUCCGUGUGGUGACUUUCGAGUGAACGGUAACCCCAAACCUUUGGCGCUCCGGUGUUCUAGUAGUGCGGAUUGAAGGGGGACACGACUUCGGAUGUUUGUUUUAUUGGUUGGAGUUUUGAGUCGCUUCUGCGAGUGAAGAUGGCUAUCGGAGGGUAGUUAAUCAAGUGGAGGAUCACGGCGUUCCUGCCGAAGACCUACAAGUGCGUUUGGGUGGAUGUUGAUCAAGUUCUGGGUUUCUGGGGAAGGGGUGUAAGAGACGCUGUUGACUUAUGUAACGUGACUCCCCCGACUUUGAUCGAUGAUCAUCAACGGCAGCGUGAUUGUGAGGAAGAUAUAUGUGGAAAGUGCAAGAAAACCCAGUGUGUCGUAAACUUGUGAUUGCUGGACGCAGACAAAGCGUAGAUCGUCGCGUCCAAAAGAAGAGCCUAACACAAACAACACUUCAAUAGCGAAGGUCCAGGAAGAUACCGAAUCGGAAAAACGAGUUUCUCGACGCGGUGUGAUGUGUGAAGUGCACUGAUUUCUGCCUUUGGAGUUUGGAGAACAGUCGUCAGUCGGGCGAACGGGGCACAGUGGAUAAGCCCACAUCGCCGCCCCGACUUGGCAACGUGCGAACUGCUCUCGCCCUCGUACAGCAGCGGGGAAGAUGCUUCAACGUACGAAUGCAGCCCAGCCUCCGCACGCCGGAUUCGCUUUAUGCAAAUGAGAAUGAGUAUCGACAUGUUAAUAAAUUAUGAACGCAUCGCUGAAGACGGAUGUUGAAUGCCACCGUGCGGGCACAGUUGGGCGAGUUCUGAUCUUGGUUAGAAGUGCAUUUGGAAACUGAAAGUUGUGAAACCUGUAUUGAGUGCGAAGACGCGAAACAGAAAAAUCAAAGUGCCGUGUAACUGGAAAAUAUCAAGUGAAUCUCCAAGUGGUGAACCAAUACAAUAGGGGUGCUAGUUGACAUCGAAUUACCAACUGGUUCAUAAUAAGAGAGGAAUCUGUGAAUGGUGGCGGUGAACGACUUUGAGAGAAGAAGAAAAAAAUCAGUUUCGGAAAAGAGGCAAGGUGGACUUCCAAAAACGAGCAGACAGGCGGCUUCCACAAUUGAAGUUGAAGUUUGGCGCUAACGAUCGAUUGUGUGUUAAUUGCCCGAUUAGAACCGCAAAAACUACCAACAUCAACUGCACCGACUUCGAUUCAACUUGUGAGCAAAGCACAAAAAAACUAAAUAAAGAACCUCAACCUUCACGAACUACAUCGCUGCAUGAUAACACCCUACUGCACCGCGCCGCGUAUGCAAUUUUGAAUUACGACGGCAAAGACGACGACGACGACGACCUGCCCCUGUGAGUCUGUCCCGUGUUUGGUCUCUGCGCCUUCCGAAAAGAGCUUCCACCAUCGCCAUCGCCAUCGCCAACCACCCGCCGCCGGAAGGUUGGAAAAAGUUGCAAAACCGGAGCUGCUGAAAAAUUUCUUAAACCGCGGAGAAAACAACAAACUCCACACAUCGCAUCGGUCGGUACCUUCUCGCGGGUCCGGGGUUAGUGCAUGCAAGAAGAACCAGCCGCACCACGGAGCGGUAGCAUCGGUUGCGCUUUUACGACGACGUCGAGGGCUGCACAGAGAGCAUGAAUAUGUGAAAACACAUUCGGUGGCUCCGGAGCAGCAGCAGCAGCAGGUUGAGGCCACAGGUAGACAGAGCAAAAUCUAUAUUCGCACAUACCUCGACCAGCAUCGAACCGAACCGCAUAAGGAAGCGCGAAAUAAGAAAAAGCGCCAGGACCGGUCCAGUUCCAAAGUUACUCGUACCCAACCAGCACACAUACACAUAAGCAACCCAAUUGUCCGAGUAGUGGUACUCGGUCCCAACUGGUUCUAGAUCACUGCGCUGAGGUCCCUCCACAUCCAUCCCAUCAUCCCCACAGGAAGGGGGCACGAUCGGCCACCAACAUCCCAUCCACAUCGCUACAACGUGACUCCAGCAACGCAACGGGAUGAACUCUGCUGCACAUACGAUGGUGGUUGGUUCUACAUGACCACAAGCGCCAGUAGUGUGGAGACGGUAGAUGAUCACACGAAUCACGCGAAUCCAAUCCGGAAAAGUUUGCAAGUUUUGAAUCAAGAGUGAAAAGUGAAACAUUUCCACCCAAAACGAGUUUGGGGAAGGAAGGAAAGAAAAAAGUGCAUGUCAAUUCCAAUCUCCCAUCAGAAACGCAACACCCCGACCAAAGUGCGAAUUUAAUGCGCCGCCACUGAGAUGCUGUAAUGGAAACGUUUAGUGUUUAGUGCCGUUUGAUGUUUUGGGUGUUUUAGUUUUUUGUUUCUCUCGAGUCGAUCAGUUGCGGUGAAUUGCAAGAAGAAAGUCAAUGUCUAUUUUACGAGCCCGGCGCGAGAAACAAUGGAAGAAACGAAUCAUCAUUAGAUGUGCGUAAGUCGGUUUCGCAUUCGCAGCUCUCCAAAGUGCGUGUUUUCGCUAGUGUUUUCGAAUUGUGAGGGGUGACGCGCAGAGGAUUAACACAAGUCAGGCCUCUCUCGAAGAAAGGUGUGAAUUUUUUGGAUUGUUUCAAGGUUUGAUGACCUUGUACCGGAGUGUCACCGGAGGAUCGAUUGAACGGUUUGGGUGAAGGUGGAACAAUACCGGUUCAAUGGACGUUUGGUCCGCAAAUUGGAUAAGCAGCUUUUUCGACGUAUGCUAUUGGCAGAGCUGAUUGAAUCAUCACUGAAGAUUCUCCUGGUGCGGUUCGGACAACAGUAGUGUAAAGAAGCAACCGUCCAUCUAUCAAAGGGAAACAACGCCAGCCCCAAUCAACGACGACAACGACGACGCACAUUGCCUUCUGGGAACAUCCGAUCUAAGCUGAGACUUGCACUUGCACUUGUACAUUCUGCUUGUACGCAGCCAGGGAAAAAAAGUAAAAUCAAGUUGUAAUAACAGUGUUUCGCGAACAAGAGACCUCCAGGAAUCGCGCAGAGCCCUCCCUCAGAGUGGCAAGUUAUUGUGCGCAGCUGUGGUCUCUGUGUGGAGGUCUGGAAGACCUACGAUAAGAAGAAAGUUAUUAUUCCCAUCCCCAUCGCGCGCGGAACAAAGCCCGAGUUGUGCUCCCAGAUAUUACACGCCUCUUCGCAUCCAGUGGUCGUGAAAGUAAACCCGUCCAAGUGAAACCCCCAAGUGCAAGUAAUUGACCCAUAAAGAAAAGCAAAGUGGCCCCAACACGUGCGAUCUGCGGUUCAAGAUCUGCCUCAACGACGACGCAUAAUUUUUCAUAUAUUUUUUCAACUGCAUGGCUAGUGGUACUAGGAAGUAGUGCUGAAGAAAAAAAUACCAAACAGUUUCUAUGAGCGUUCCGGGUGGAGAACGACGACGUCGGGUACACCUUCCGCCAGCUUCCGAGUGCGAACCAAAUCUGCUGCGAGUAUCGUCGUCGCCUAGGGUCAGUGACGACGACGACGACGCCGGGACGUACCAGCGGCACCACAAUGAGUACAAAUUCGCCCGGUACGCCGAAAAAAUGUCGGCUGAUCCUGCAGCAGUGCCUGGCGAUUCAGCUGACCAAGCCGGGCAACCCGCCGGAGGAUUUCUGGAUGUACGAUAGCGGCUAUACGAUAUUUCAGAACUUCCUGUCGGCGAACCUGCAGUGCUGGUGGAAUGCUCCGCUGGCGGCCGCCACCAAAGUGCUCAAAUAUCUCGGCCACAUUUCGCCCGGAAUGCUGCUGAUAACGGCCGAACCGUGCGCCCUCGAGAUCAUCCGCAGUGCCUACGCGAGGAGUGUCCUCAAACCGCCGGCCACCUAUCUGAUCAGCUCCGUCGGUGACAUUGACGAUUGCAUCGUGACACCGAUAGUGCAGACGCAGUUCACGCCGCUCACCGAGGCACUCUGUGACGUCAUCAUGGAGCUGACGACCCAGGGCCAGUCCGCUACGAUCGAGAACAUCCGCUCCCGGCUACGAACGAGAUUCACGCACAUGCAGCAACCUUCGGUGGAGGUGAUUUACGAUACGCUUGUCCAGCUGAUGCAAGAGAUCAAAAUCUAUCAAACAUCCAAGGGGUAUUUCAUCGUCACGCCCGAGAAACGACGUAGCAAAACGAAACAGAAUGAUUACAGCUUCGCAAGCGACGAAACGACCCCACCCCAGAAGGAGUCCAAGACCAUGCUAAUGAGUAGCCACGAGGCCCUGCGCAGUCUGUACGGCGAGAUAUCGACCGAGCGGGACGGCGACCAGACGCAUCAGUGUAUCCAGACGAACCUGGCCGACGUGAUCUGCGGCGGCAAUCCGAACGAUAAGAUCCUGUACGCACGGACCGGCACCGCUGGCAGCAAGCAGCGGAGUUCGUCCCUCGCCGGAAGCCACAAAACCCUGGAGCGACGGCACAGUCUGCGAAUCUUUGGCUCUUCGAAGAGACUUCAGCGAUCCGCUUCCACGAGAAGUCUAUCGAAGAACUACGCCCAAACGAUCGGCAAGGACGGUACGGUGGCGCCGCCUUCGGCAGCGGGGGCGGCAACGAUGGCCGCGGCGAGCAGUUCCAGCUCGGAGAAUCAGUCCAAUUGUGAUACGAAAAAACAAGCGUCUUCCCAGUCUCUGCUGUCGAGGAUCUUCAGGCGAAGCACUCGAUCGAAGAGCAAAUCGAAACAGCUCGAAACCUACUCGGCGCAGUUUCCGCCGCCGGAGUGGUUCAACUCGAAAACGACGCACCUGCACAGCGUAGGGACGCAGACCACGGAUUACAUGGACGUACCCAUCAAGUCCCGCCUCAUGAACUCGACCUUCUACGACAGCUCGGACGUGAGCCAACGAUCGCUAUCGCUGCCUAGACGACGCCAUCACCGAAGAAACCUAUCCAGCGAGUCGACUUUUUUCAUCUCGUCCCGUGACUGCUCGCCGGUCCGUCGAGGCAAGUCACCGUCCUACUACUGCGGAAGUCUACCGCGAUCGAUCCACUCGACCCCGGCCAGUUCCGGCUACUACAAGGUAUCCCGCAGCAAACAGCUCUCGUCGGCGGACAAACUGCACAGCAACAGCCAGAACAAAAUCGAACACAAAACUAGUCGAGUCGGUAGUGGUCCAUCCAGUAUCGACAGUGGUAAAAUGACCUACAUAACCUCGGGUCCGUCCAGCUUCGAUAGCGAGAAGUUGUCGUCCACUCGCACCAGUACCCACUCGAGCUUGGAAUCCCACGUCUCGGCUGCUACGGUUACCACCACGAUACAGCAAACGACCACGUCGAGCUUCUUCAUAGCCAACGACACUAAACCUUCGUACUCCACUCCAAGUGAUUCGAAGGAUCAACCGCCCUCGGCAGUUACCACCACCACGGCCAGCGCAUCAAAGUCCAACAACAACAGUAACCACUACAAGGGGUUCGAAACCACCUUCGGGUACAAUAACCAAGCCAUCAACACUAGCACAAACCACCAUAGCAAUAGCACCAGCACCCACAAUAGUAACCUAGGUAAGAACUCACUGAAUGCACUUUGUAAUGAAGCCAUUACGAACAACGGCAUUUUGAAACUGGACUCCGACGCCCCAAACGGACCCAACGAUCAACUCUCUGCCCUGAACGAAACACUUCUGGGCUUCAAACUCCACCAGGAAGGUCCACCCGACCUUCACGAAAUGAACAGGUACAACAAGAACUUCAACAAGCAGGAAAACAUGCCCAUGAACAAUAGCAAAACGUUGCCAUCGACGCCUCCAGUACAACCAGCCAAUUUUUUCUACAAAAACGUCCUCAAGAACAUCCAGCACGACGCCAAGAACAUCUGCGGCGAUCUCGCCACGGACAAGGACCUGACCGGCUGCCUCCUGCCCGGAAGCGAUCACCAGUCGAAUCUCCGCCGGUCGAACUCCGAAAUCAAAAAGCUCAACUCCAACCUCGACCUCAAAUCAAAUCAAACGUCCUCCCCGGAGAAGAUCAGCGGGCUGAUCAUGAUGAAGAAAAGUCUAUCGGUGUCCAGCGAACCCAACCUGACCAACCAGUCGCAGGAAUCCACCACCACCACCAACAAGGUCACCAUCCUGGUAAAGGACUCGGACAAGCCGAACAACGCCGACCGGCGGUACUCGUUCCAGAGCAAAGACGACCCGCCGACGAUGAUCGAGGAAAUGUACGACUUCCCCAGCCUGACCGAUCUGAGCUUUAACUUCACUUCGCUGGCGGCGCAGAAGAUCCUGCAGGGCGAUGCCAGCCUCAACAGCAUCGACACCCUGGUCGAGCUGAACAUCAACCAGGAGAAGCAGCAGACGAUCAUGAAGCUGAAGCACGACGCGCGGAUGAUGGCUCAGGAGGCCGCCCAGGACGCCGCCAAGAUCGUCACGGACUUCGGGAUGGUGUGAUAGGUUGGGGACAACAGAUGGAGCGAACAAAUCAAACGAAAAUAUGUACAUUUAAACCCAAGUAUAAGUGCCAAUACCUUAAAACGGAAAAAAAACGAAAGUAUAUCUGAGUAUAAUUGUAGCUAAAUCGGCUAAGUAUUAUAGUGGUAUUAUUGUAGUUAAAUGCUGUUAAUUAUUUGUAUUAUAUAACCCCGAUCGCAACGAAACAACCGAAUACUUAUACAGGCAGGAACAUUUCUGGAGACGAUUUUAACGCAAAGUUUUAAGAGAAAGUGAUGUAUACUAAACUGUGGUAAUAUCUGCAUAACCCAAGUACUGAAUAAUACGACACAAUGCACCCAAUUUACAGAGAACAAAGAAGAAAAAAAAACUCGUACUAUCCGACCUUACCGUUCUGUACAAUAACGAAUACAUGGUAUUAUACGCAAUAAAGACCGAAUGAAACCUUAAAAAUGCAA